GACAGGCAACGCUCCAAGCCCGCACUUUAGCAUGCAGCGGUCAAUUACAACGGCUGCAAACCACCGCCAGCAGUUGGCAGACUCAGGUGAAUGACGUUAUCAGAAGGCUAAAGCAUCAAACUGCCAGUCACUGGCAUGCGGAGACAUCAGUCUUGCGUGUCAUGGCGAGGUUUGCUUUUGACAGGAGCGAGGCUGGUCUGUCAAUGCGCCUAGACUUGCCAUCACCCCAAAGCUCCGUGCUCAAAGCACGCUUCAUCUGCUCGACACAGCACCGACACUGCACACCGGAGUCCCCACAGUGCCACUGACAGAGGCCCAAAGCAAAGGUUCUGGUGUGAAGCAGACAGAGUGACACACAAGGCCAGGCCAACUAAGUUUCACAAGAGACGAGGUGGCAAGAAACAAACAAACUGCUUCAAGUCCAGGAACUAACAAACUGGUAAGUUACUGUUGCUUUAGUUGGAUUUUAGUUUUUCUUUUAAAGAGUGACUCGAGGAAAUAACUCUUAAUGGGGAAUGUGACUUGUAACCUGAGAUGUGUGUUAGUGUUGGUCUGUGUGUGUUUGUGACGGCGUACCUACCACACUGACACAACCCACAGUUAAACAGGUUUGUAGCAAUCCUAAGUCCCCCACCUCAAAGGGACAAUGUAUGCAGGCAGCACAGUAAGUCAGUUUUAUAGUUACGUUGUAAAUAGAUACGUACUAUAUACUGUGUAAAGUUAAGUAAACCUGUUACGAGAACUGGUCGGAAUCAGAAGUGCAAAGAGCAGUUGCAAAGCCCACAGUUGAACAUGAUGAUUUUCCAUGUAUACUAUGAAGUCAUGUAUGCUUUAGCCCUGACUUGGAACAUGAGCAGAGCAACAUUUGUAGCCUCUCCUGCCCCUUGAUCUGCCGCAGAUCUCCAUUUUCAUGUCAAUGUGUGGUUGAGACUUAAUGCAUGACUGUGUGUAGUGUGAUUGAAACAAUCUCUUGUUUGUUUGAGUGUUACUCUGUGGGGGACUGAUAGACGGUCAGACCAGUGAUAGCAGUGAAUGGGCUUUUGUUAUAGCAGUUGUGUUUACUUUAGGCAAAUUCUUAAGAUUAAUGAAUAAAACAUGACCAUUAAAAUAAUGAGAUCUAUGCACAGCCACAGUGAUCUAUCAAAAUGAAAAAUAAACGAUACAAACCCUGGAUGACCACAGCUCAAAAACCCUCACAUUAAUCACAUAGCUCUGAAUACAUUUACAUUUACAUUUCUGUUUAUGUAUGAGUUCAGCAGACAAGAUACUGAAUGUUGUGUUAGUUAGCAUUUUGAGGUGCUAGUAUUUUUGAACUGUGGUCAGAGCCAAGCUAGCUGUUUCCCCCUGUUUCCAGUCCUUAUGCUACACUAAGCUAACCGCAUCCAGGCUCUAGCACCAUACUUUAUGAACAGAUAUGAGACUAGUAUUGAUAUUCUUAUCUAAAUCUCAAGAAGAAGGCAAUAUUUGACAAAAUGUAUUUCCCAAAAUGCCAAAUUUAACACAAAAUAAGAACAUCUAUUAGCUGAAGCCCACCCUAGACUUCCAGAUCUAACUCAUCAUAAUUGUGGAGUUUUGGGGAGACCAUAAUGCGUGCAUUAUCAAAACAGGAAGCUCCACUGUGAGUGCUGAUUCAGAAAACAGGAAGACAAGACAAGAGGCAGAGAGGACUGAAACCAGACUAUACAGUGGCUGGGUCUAGCUGCACUUAAGCUGUGUGCCAUGAGGUCAUCAUCCCUCCUCCUACUCUCCUUCCUCAUGGGUGUGAGGGCUGUUCAAGGGGGUUCAAACUUUAGAAUCUGUGCCUUUAACCUCCAUCACUUUGGGGAUUCCAAGGCCAAAAAGAGCGCUGUCAUGGACACACUUACCAUGAUCAUUGCUCGUUGUGAUGUGUGUUUGCUUCAGGAAGUGAGAGACCUUAAAGGAAAAGCUUUACCGCAGUUGCUUACACGUCUUAACAGCUUUGACACUGAAUUUAAGUAUCAUGCCGUGGCCAGUGAGAGGCUGGGCAGAUCUGACUCAUACAAGGAGCAGUAUGUUUUUGUUUACAGGAAUGAUACAGUGAGAGUCACUGACAAGUAUCAGUAUCCAGAUGAUCAACCAGGAGAUGUCGAUGCUUUCUCAAGAGAGCCUUUUGUUGUCCGCUUCGAAGCCCCCAAGACAGCUAUAAAGGAUUUUGUCCUCAUACCUCAGCACACCACUCCAGUCAACACCACUAAGGAGCUUGAUGCACUGUAUGAUGUCUUGCAAAUUGUGAAAAAGAUGUGGAAAACUGAGAAUGUGAUGCUUCUUGGGGACUUCAACGCUGACUGUACCUACCUCGCUAAGAAGAACAGGGAGAAUGUGCGCCUGAUUACAGAGAAGAACCUUGUUUGGCUCAUUGAAGAUAAAACUGACACCACUGUACGAUCAACCACCUCCUGCACCUACGACAGGAUCGUUGUGCAUGGGGAAGCAUUUGCCAGAGAAAUUGUGCCUCAAUCGGCCAAACCAUUUAACUUCCAAACGGAAUACGGACUCACGGAGGAGCAGGCGCUGGAGGUCAGUGACCACUAUCCAGUGGAGGUCCUGCUGAAGGUCGUCGAGUCAACAGUCUCCAUCAGUGGUGCCACUUCUUUGGCAUUAACUGGCACAAAAGAGACUGCAAAUCAGAACACGUCUCAAAAGAAGUUAUUUUCUUUGUUUAUCCUCAGCCAUCUUGUCUUCCAAGUGUUAACAUGGUAGUUUUAUUAAAGUAAAAAAGCGAUGAAGAUUAUUGUUUAAGGACAGUAAUCUGCAUAGGGACAGUUUACUUCAUGAACUGAUGAGAACUUUAAGAUUCCUCAGUGUGUUGGUAAGUGUGUCCAACUUACCAAAUAUCACUGAUAACACUGCAGAAAUAGCCCUUUAUGUUGGGUGCGGGGUUAUGAACAAAAACUGGAAAUUACACAACUGUUGACCUUUACCUUUACAUGAUUCACCAUAUUGUACAAUAAUUUAUUUACUUGUGUGUCUGCGUUGGAGAACUCUGUAUAAUUUAAGUUAUAAAUAUUUGCUUCAUUGCACUGCAGCAAAAAACAAUACAGAUGUUGGUAUUACAGUAAUUAUAAAUCUGUUUACUUAAUCUGGUGUAUUCAUUCUUUCAAUGUAGGAAAAUGGUACCCUUUUAUUAAUUCCCUCAAAUCGGUCCAAAGUAGAGAGGAUAGGCUGCACAUUAUACUACAGGAUGACAUUUGCAGUAUCAUCAAAGUUUUUAUUGGAAAAAAAAAAGUGUUAUCCUGUAAAAUACAUUUAGUGCAGGGGUCACCAACAGGCAGAUCGCGGUCCGGGUCCGGACCCAGAAGCCGCCCCAUACGGAUCCGGACCUACAGCCAAAAACGAAGGUUAUGAUUUAAAAUCUGACGGGGCGCUUCUAUUUUGACCGGCGCAGCUUUUGUAAUCUUUACGGUAGUGGUUUAGCGGAUGAGGAAACGCACAGAUCAAUCGCAUGCGAGUUAAGCCAUACAAAGCGAUACUACUCAGCCAAUCAAGUCUGUGCAUUCUAUGCGGUAAACAUUGCGACUAUACAGUGCAGACAGAUGCGAGAGUGUGAGGCAAGUUACUCAUGAAAAGACGAUAGAAAGAAAAAGAAAGAUAGCGAUUCAGGUAGAGAGAAAAAAGGGAGAUAAGUGUUCAAUUGUUAAGAUGUAUUUUGGGAUUUAUUAUCUGUAAAAUUGGUUGAGACUGUUGAGUCAAGAUGUGAAACAGUAAAAGGGAAAUUCAAGCUUUUGCUCCUUUUAUUUUAUUUUUCUGAAAUUAAGCACUUUAUUUAAAGAUGCACAAUUUUCACAUUUUAUUUAUUUUCUCUUAUUUUGAAAUGCAGCCCUACUUUUAUUUAGUUAAUGAGAGAACAUUAUACAUGUCUGCGCUCAUAUGUUCAGUUUUAUGUUACGUGACAAUAAAUCAUGUCAAAAAGUUUUUGUAUAGUACUGAAUUCAUUUGAUUUGACAGUCAGGUAUUGAUUACAUGCAGAUGUUGAUACAACUACGAGGCUACUUAAAUUUAUAUAUCACACUAAAUAGUUAGACAUUACGAUCUUCUGGACCUUUUGAUUCAAGAAAUUUUCUCUAACCGGACCUCUUUAAAUUUUAGUUGAAUACCGCUGAUUUAUGCUCUUAUUCUCUCUCUUUUAAAAAAAAUCCUGGCUGAGUUAAAUAUGGAAAGAUUUUAAUAGCCAAGGGUGGAGGUUCUACUAUAGUUGCGUAGGGUUAUGUUACAACCGAUGUUUACUUUUUCAGGUUUUCAUGAACAGAGAACAUAUCGUUUGACUCUUGUUUUAUAAACUGCCAAUGUAGUCACACUUUUAUCAUUUUCUACAGAUGUGGUCAAUGUGUAAAUUAAAAGAAAAUUUAAAA